AUGAAAGCUACAAGAUGGACUCAUGACUAUGAUUCUCACAUUCUUCAAUUCUUUAAACUAGGGAACAAAGGAAGUAAGUUAACUACAAUUAGAGAAUGUGUUUGGUUGUUACCUCCAAGAGGAGUUAUUUUGUUUUGUUUUAAUGGAACUGCAUUAGGGGAUCCAGGUUUGGCAGGGUUUGGUACUAUUUCCAGAGAUCAUGAUGGUGCAGUUAUUGGUACCAUUUCAGGAGGUCUGGGAAUUGCUUCUAGUUAUAUAGCCAAAUCUUUCUCAGUAAUAUGGGCUAUUGAAUGGGCAAAUAAACUGAAAUGUGAUAAGAUUAUCAUUAGAGCAGAUUUAAAUUCAGUGGUAACUGACUUUCAAAAAGGCACAGUACCAUGGUGCUUCAAGACUAGGUGGAUCAAGGCUAAAAGCAGCUUAAGUCAACUGUGCUAUGAACUUUGUUACAAGGAAACUAACUUUUCAUCUGACAGUUUAUCCAAGAGGGGAGCUCAAAUGCAGAUGGGUCAAGUUGAACAUCAUAUUGGAAAACCAGCUCAUUUGAUUACAAUAGAGAUGCCAAAUAGAAAAUAUUACAGAAUAUGUUAG